AUUUUGUAAGAAAAUCAAGCAAGUCUGCCGCCCUACCUUCGCUUCAGACCUGCAGUUUUUUUCUUGUGCAAUGGACGGCCGCCUAGACGCUGACUUGUAUCCUCUGGGAUCCGGCUACGUCCCUGAAAUUGAAGGUGUCCAUGACAUAUCAGUUGGCACAAAGAGGGGAUCCGACGAACUCUUUUCUUCCUGCAUAUCCAACGGGCCCUAUAUCAUGAACUCAGCCAAUGGCAACGACAGCAAAAAAUUCAAAGGUGACGUCCGCAGUCCUGGUGUUCCGUCACGUGUGGUCCACGUACGCAAGCUGCCCAACGACAUAAACGAGGCUGAAGUUAUUGGCCUGGGACUGCCCUUUGGGAAGGUCACUAAUUUGCUGAUGCUGAAAGGGAAAAACCAGGCAUUCUUGGAACUGAACAGCGAGGAGUGUGCACAGACGAUGGUGAGCUACUACUCCUCUGUCACCCCCGUCAUCAGAAACCACCCAAUUUACAUGCAAUACUCAACCCAUAAGGAGCUCAAGACGGACAACUCCCCCAACCAAGUGCGGGCCCAGGCAGCUCUGCAGGCAGUCAAUGCACUGCACGGAGGUGGAAUGGGAAGCAUGGCCAUUCCUGCAGAUGCUACUAGCAUGGGAGGAGCAGGGGCCCAAAGCCCUGUGCUCAGAGUCAUAGUGGAAAAUCUCUUCUACCCCGUCACCCUGGAUGUGCUACACCAGAUUUUCUCCAAGUUUGGCACUGUGCUGAAGAUCAUCACUUUCACUAAGAACAACCAGUUCCAGGCUCUGAUCCAGUAUGCCGAUGGCAUGACAGCUCAGCACGCCAAACUGUCUCUGGAUGGACAAAACAUCUACAAUGCCUGCUGUACCCUGAGAAUCAGCUUCUCCAAGCUCACCAGCCUCAAUGUCAAGUACAACAACGACAAGAGCAGAGAUUACACCCGACCAGACCUCCCCACUGCAGACUCGCAGCCCUCCAUCGACCACCAGACCAUGGCUGCCGCUGCAUUCGCUGCUCCGGGCAUAAUCUCAGCCUCUCCUUAUGGUGGAGCUCAUGCCUUCCCCCCAACCUUUGCCAUCCAGCAGGCAGCAGGGCUGUCGAUGCCUGGUAUUCCCAGUGCUCUGACGUCCUUGGGUGUGGGCCACGGUGGCAUGGCAGCUGCCGCAGCAGCCGCCAGCCGGCUCGGCCUGUCGGGGUUCACAGCCACUGGGGGACACAAUGUCUUAUUGGUCAGCAAUCUGAACCCUGAGAGCGUUACGCCACACUGCCUCUUUAUUCUUUUCGGUGUGUACGGCGAUGUGAUGAGAGUGAAGAUCCUGUUUAAUAAAAAGGAGAACGCUCUGAUCCAGAUGUCUGAUGGCACACAGGCUCAGCUAGCUAUGAGCCACCUGAAUGGCCAGCGUCUUCACGGCAGGGCCAUGCGUGUGACAUUAUCAAAACACACCACAGUGCAGCUGCCCAGAGAGGGCCACGAGGACCAGGGCCUCACAAAGGACUACAGCAACUCGCCGCUGCACCGUUUCAAGAAGCCCGGCUCCAAAAAUUACUCCAACAUCUUCCCACCCUCUGCAACACUCCACCUCUCCAACAUACCGCCUUCUGUGGUGGAGGAUGAACUCAGGAGGCUUUUUGCCAGCUCAGGAGCCACAGUCAAGGCCUUCAAGUUCUUUCAAAAAGACCGCAAGAUGGCCCUGAUCCAGAUGGGCUCAGUCGAGGAGGCAAUCGAGUCCUUGAUCGAGUUCCACAACCACGACCUGGGAGAGAACCACCACCUUCGAGUGUCCUUCUCCAAAUCCACCAUCUGAGUGCCUUUCCUUCCUCCCUCCAAGUCUGUUGCCAUCUGAAUGCGACGUUUGUCAAGGUCGCCUUCAGUGGAAAUGGCCACCAUUACAUAUUUAUGGCUGUUGUUCUUUGUAGAAUGUUGCUCCCUUCACCGUUCUGAUCAUUCCAGCGUUAACAGGUUUGGGUAUCAGUUUUUUGGGGUCGGUUCUGCUUAUUGAUUCCCAUGUCUGGUUCCAGUUUUGUCACCAAAAUAUGUUUAAAAAAAACCAAACCAUUAUUUCUUGGGUUAUCAGCAGUAAUUCUGUUUAAAAUAUUUAUAUAGAAAUGUUGCUGAAUAUGAAUACUUUCUCUUGCCACAUACAAACUGCUGUUUUACACUUGUUUGUAUUUCAGUUAGUCCUGCUAAUUUCAGAGCCAUUCCUAAUUUUGACUGGGGACCUCAAAAACCUAACAUUUUUGUACCCUGCCUCAAUAUGUUAAACCGCUCCCCUGGAGGAAGUUCUUCUCCCACUUGGUGAUUAUAUUUUCCUACGUGGUUCUCCCUUAUGUGAAGCCAAAGUACACUUGUAAGUGAUGAGUCCUGCCCGUAAUGAUGUAAACACUAUCAGAGUGCUUUUGUGCAAGUGUACCAGAUGUAAAUGAGAAGGUCUAAACUCAGCCUGGCUAAGGAACCAGUUAUUGGAAUCUAAGCACGUUUCUGCUUCCAGUUCAUGACAUGUUCUUGGUACCCAAACCAAAUCAUUAAUUUGUUCCUUCAAAAAUGUUAAGAUGGGGCCUGGGAAAGGGGCAGCAUUCUGCAAUGACACAAUAUUAUAUUGGAGGUAAAGUAGGGGCAGCUGAUGAACUGUCACUUUAGACCAAAUCGCUUAAAAGAAAAAAGGAAAAAAAAAAGACACCCUCCACCGCAGAUGUAUGCUUAUGUGGAUGAAUCCUAUCCACACCAGACACACUUCAGCAUUCCUUUUACUAUGAUAGUCGUGUGGGUAUAUCUAUGUGUGUGUGCCUUUUUUUUUUUUUUGAAACGCCACUUUUGAACCUGUUGGCCAGUCAGAAACGGUUUGAAACAAAGGAUUUUUGGCUCACAGAACUACGCGAAACAGUAUAUUUCCCAUUACCCAUUUUUGAUUUUAUCUUCUUGUUGUAACAACCCGCCUAUUUGCUUCGGGGGAUCCAUACCACUAUUUGAAAGUCAUUCAAUGAGGAUGCGUUUUUUUCCUUUCCAUAUCUGCAGUCUUGUGCCUUACUUUGCCCCGACCAGAUUGCCUUAAGCAUUGCUUUGGCUUUAUUUGGGGAAAACACGGCUCUCAAAAUGCCUUUUUUUUUUUUCAUGCCUUGUGGUAUGUACCAGCAUUGUUAAGAAGAGGGGAAAGUGGCUAAUUGAAUCUUCAGUUACUUCUUAAAAACACAAAUGUUUAUGUAGGGAUUUGUAUGCAUAUAUCCCCAUUAUAUGUAUGUAGAAACUAUGAAUGUAAGUCAGUUAGAUGCCUAAUAUCCUUGCUAGGCGAUGUAGCUCUGUUAGGUGUUUUGUGGCAGGAAUUAGAGCUGUAUCCAGCCAUCCUGUCUUACAGUCCCCAGUCACUGUCCUUUCUCAGGAGGGACGGUGCAGUUUGGGGCAUCAUUUAACCAUAUUAUGUUCAUCUAUAUGUGGACACCCAUAUAUAUUCAUUUAUCUUUUCUUUUAAUGUUAGCAUUUACAUGUGUAUCACUUCUAAGCUUAACUAUAUGUAGUAGCUGGGUUUGAUUGUUAUCACAGUGCCUUGAGUUUUUAAUCUGAGGCUGAAACACUUUGUGGCCCGCUCAGUUGACUUUGUUUACCUCUGGUUCAGGUGUUUUACCUGUCUGCAAAGAUGCCUUUAUCCCACUACGUUCAGGUAGUCGUACCUGUGAGAGGGCAGCUUGGAGGCAUUUGUCAACUGAAAGUAACAACAGUCUUGAACUGUGUCUCAAAAAACCCGAAACCCAGUAAGUUUUUUUUCUUAAAUUCAGGAUUAUAAGGUGGGAUAGCCCUCACCUGUUCCUGUCUGUGUCCACUUAACGCCACAGUCAGGUUCCUUAGUGCACUUUUCCUCAACGAUAGGUCCAAGUCGGCGCCAUCACGCUGAAGUCUUAAAACGUUGUCACAUUCCCGCGUGCCUCAAGCACCAGGUUUUCCACAGCCUCGACCACUGUAGUUUUGGACCAGACACAGAUGCGCUCUGUCUCUAUUUUUGUAAAAGAUUAUUAUGCAUGGUUUAACGAAGCUUCAUGUAGCUACAGGCGGUUAUUGCUGUUAAGGACCAAAGUAUCUUCGACCCCCUGCUGUUUUGUAGUGUUGUGAUUUCUUAAAAGGUUUUUCCACAAGUUUCCUUCUUUCCAGAUGCCUUGGACAAAUGUCACAUGAAGUUGAAUUUGGGUAUCAGCCUAUACUGUAUAUGUAUCCCUUUUUGUUGGAUUGACUUUACAAAGAGCCUACUUUGGUAGCGAUUGCUUUAGAACGGAUACUUAAUUGAAGCACAGUCCUAGCUGUGAUGUUGAUGGUGUAGAAGAUUAUAUUCUCUUUUUUUUUUUGUUAAAAGCUUUUAUUUCUCUCCUUUUUUUAUAUGGGGGCGGGGUGGGGUUAUUGUAUGAAGCGGGAUCGAUGGUUGUAUAUAUUCAUGUUUUUGUACCACAAAAUCAUUUGGAUUAUAUCCACUUUACGUUCAAAACAUGUAUAUUUUGAUAAAACAAUACAGACCUAUUAAGCUCUGCGGAGCUGUAAAAACGACAAAAAAAAAACUUUUGUAACACAAAGACAUUAAACCUAUCUGAACACAGAAGUGUCUCUGUAUGUGCCCCGCUCCCCCCCUCCCUCCUUUGCCAUUCUGUUCUCGUCUCUUGCAUCUUCUGCUGCCUUCAAUAAAUCUUUAGUUUGUUUCUUCUUUCA